AUGCCAGAAGCGAAAUCGGACAAGCGGCCGGUGGUCAGUCCUCCAAAUGCAGAAGCGGAAACGAGCAAGAUGAAGAGAUCGCGCAACGAUAGUACAAAUCACAAAUGCGUCGAUCGCAUCUGCCUUGCCAAAGUCUGUGGCUUGGCAAUGAAGCAACCCAGCAUCAAGGGAAGGCCGAUGAAGCACUGCGAUCGCCUGUACUUCACAGGGAGAGUGGGGACUAUCAGUGAUGUGGCGCAAAGAAAGAAAGCCCCCGCAGGCAGCGACAGCGUUUUUUUGACUUACGACGAAGAAGACGGAUAUCUGAGUUGGGAAGAAAAUGACUGCGCGGAUGGUGGUCUUGGUGAAGGCCUUGAAAGCAGCGAAGCGAAAAACAAAAAGCACCGGUCGGGGCAGGGUAGUAGCCCACUGGCAAAGAUAGCACGAACGGAUGCAGGAGCAGGACCACGCGGCGCGCACCAACACGAGAAAACAAAGCAGGUCUCGUCCGAGAAUGCCCACGGGACGAGCAAAAGUUUCAUUGCAAAAGCCUUUCAGAAAGUUCUGUCCUGUGUGACAAUGAAGACAACCCAGCACGACCAGCAAGGCGAUCUCCACCGCGGACUUAUUUCCAAUUCACUGUCAUCGAGGCAAGUUCUGUUUGCCAGCCGGCAAGACUUGGACCGCUUUUCCUUUCAGCCGGGCGAUUUUCGGGAAAACAUAUGCCUCGACAUUUCCGACGAUGCGAUGAGAAAAGCUGAAGAGGUUUUGAAACAUCCGCCAAAACAGCCCUCCUCUUCGAGCAGCAGAGGCAAGACGAGGAAAACGACCAGCGCACUGCAUACGUUAGCGAAAUCCGGAAUGUGUUUGCAAGUAGGCGAAAGUUGUGUCUUCCGACUCACAUUUGAAUGCGAGCCCUGCGGAACGGUCUUGGAUAUGCUGCCAGAAGAGCGGAAAACUACCGUAGAAAAACCCGAAGUGCCGCAUCUCGUUGGGUAUCGCGGGAUCCUGGCAACAUGUGUACGUGGUGGACAGGUGAACAGAGGUGACGACGUGACGCUCAUUGUGCGACGAAGAACCGGUGAAGGUGCGACUUCUGGGGUGGAAGACCUUGUUGGCGGGCCGCUCUACGAACCGUUUCCGAACGAAGUGAAGGGGAGGAUUUUGCAUCUGUUGCAGCACAAAGUGCCCUCCGGACGCGUUACCACCAUUCGCCACAUUCUUCACUACGUCGGUGCGCAAUCCUCCUACGCACGCGCGGUCCCGGCGAUGCUAAAAUCGGUUUUGAGUAACGGUUGGCCGCUGCACCGCUUGCUUGAUUCGCAAGGUGCGAUCAUGGAGCGGCAUAUUCCGGGACAGAAGGCGAAAUUGGCUGCAGAGGGGGUGACUAUCGAAAAGGAUGACCUCCACGUGAAGGAUUUUGAUGACAAGCUAUGGAUCCCCACACACAAAGAGCUAUUUCAGUGUAAAGCGUUGUAACGAUGAAGAAUCCCUGUAGUUUGCGGUAGUGCUAACUACGUAAAAAGUAC